AUGUGUCGGUGCCACCUGCUCCUCGUCAUCCUCCUCCUCCUUCUCCUCCCCAACUCCACCGUCUUCGCGUUUUACAGCAGCGACGUGAAAGAGUCCAUCGGGGGCCUCAUCACGGAUGCGCAGGUUUGCGAGGAGCGGCGUCGCAUCGACAAGGAGACGAUUCCACAGAUUAAGAACGAGCUGACGGUUUCUAAUUACUCCACUCUGCGCAUCGCCUGUCCCACGGCAAACCUCACCUUCACCCAGAACACGACAGGCUACCAGUCGCUUGUGUGCAACCUCACUUACCAAACCGACACCCCCCUGGCUGUGUCUUUUGACACCGACGUUCACCAGAUCGCCUCAUUGGCGGAACCGUUUUGGAUUUACCUGGCCCCGGGGAGUUCUGUGAUGACCCUUACAAUGCCAAUCCGACGUACCCAGAUGGGCAGCACCUACUUAAAGAUCUGGGUGAGGCAGGCUAAGCCUGGAAGACAAAGCGAAUCCCUCCACACAUGGGACCGAUAUAAUGCCACCCUAGUGGCGCAGUACACUGACUGGUUGGUGAACGGGACGGCAGCGUACGAAGCCGGCUCGCCCUCAGUGAUGGGAUUCCACCUGAAGGUGCUGCGGGCGAGGGGCCUGCUAGAGGUCAUCUUUCGUAUUGUCGUGGCUGUUCUGGUGUGUGGCUUAACGUUGCUUAUGGGCUGUGAGUUAGAUGCCUUAUUGAUUUGGCGACACCUCAAAAAGCCCGUGGCUCCUCUCAUUGGUUUUCUCUGCCAAUUCGGACUUAUGCCUACCAUCGCCUUCGGCAUCGCAUCGGUUGUACCAAUCAAAGCAGAGUUCGGGUUUGGUCUCCUAACAACGGGCUGUUGUCCAGGCGGUGGUGGAUCGAACAUUUGGACACUGCUGCUGCACGGCGACCUCAAUCUCAGCAUGACGAUGACCUUCGUUAGCUCCGUAUUCGCACUGGGCAUGAUGCCACUGAUGAUUUUCAUCUACGGACGCUUCUUCAUUGACGGGGGCGCCAUCAAGAUUCCGUAUCUCGAAAUCGCCGGUCAGCUGUGCUACAUCGUGGUUCCCGUCCUCAUCGGUAUGUUCAUCAAGUGGAAGUGGAGGGCGUGCGGUACACGCGCCGCGCGACUCCUCCAGCCCCUCGCCUUCGCCUUCCUCGUCACCAUCAUCGGCUUCGGCACCUACGUGAACCUACCCAUCUACCGCCUCAUGGGCGAG